AUUUCUUCCGUGCCGGGUCCCUGGGUCCGAGAUUAAACGCAUGUGAUUGGUGGUAAAAUUCAAAUUUCGUUGUUCAUCUGUUUUCUCUAGAACGCCAAGUUUGAUGUUUCUUAUCACAAUUGUCAGGUUGUUUUAGCUUAGUGAAAUCGUCAAUUUAAUCGAUUUCUUGUGAUAUUUUUAAUUAAAGGCAACUGCUGGAGUGAUGUCAAACAAUGUGGAGAAUCUUUCGCCCCAGAUCAUUCGUCGGGUGGUCAAAGAAAUGGAAGAUCUAGUCUCAAAUCCUCCCGAAGGGAUCAAAGUUCUAAUAAAUGACGAAGAUGUGACCGACAUUCAAGCGUACAUUGACGGUCCUGCAGGAACGCCUUAUAUGGGGGGUGUUUUCAAGGUGAAACUUACUCUGGGCAAGGGUUUCCCACAAGAGCCACCUAAAGCCUUCUUUCUGACGAAAAUUUUCCACCCAAAUGUGGCCGCUAAUGGCGAGAUUUGUGUCAAUACGUUAAAAAAGGACUGGAAGUCAGAUCUCGGAAUUAAACACAUAUUACUGACCAUCAAAUGCCUCCUCAUCGUGCCCAACGCCGAAUCGGCUCUCAAUGAAGAAGCCGGGAAACUCCUCCUUGAACAAUAUGAAGAUUACUCACAACGGGCCAAAAUGAUGACGGAAAUUCACGCUCAGCCCCCAAAAAUUUCCAAAGGAUGCAGUGGAGAGGGCCCCCUGGCUAAGAAACACGCCAGUGAUAAGAGUAAACUAACAGCCGAAAAAAAGAAGAUACUUAAAGACAAGAAACGGACGUUGAAACGUUUAUGAAAACAGUUACUGCCAUUCUUGUUUAUUUCUUUGUUUUAACUUUUUUUUAAUUUUUAAAUUAUAUUUUUGAGUAUGCAAGAAUGAUUUAUUAAUUUAUGUGUGCUACAAUUUUGUUGAGACCGUUUGAUUUUGUAUUAUUUUGAAUGUAGUGCAUGCACAAAGUGCAAUUUAUUCAUGGUUCCAAUCAAAAAAUAAAUGUCAGGCUCAGCUCGUUGUUCACCAGUCAAUUAUUAAAUGUCUGCAAAAAAUAUUAAAAAACAAACCGGGUUUAUUGCCGGCCUCAACAUCAAACGUAGCUGAGCCUUAGAAUGUAUUUGUGGUAGAGAAUUGUGAAUUAUUUAUUAAUAAAAACUGAAAAUCAAA